AUGGCAGAGAACGGUGAUAUUGAAAGAGACAUCACAGAUUUAUCACCUGUUUCUGGUGAAGGCCAAAACCCAACUCCCGGAUCGGAGGAGAAUCCUGACUUGAACGAUCGUUCGAUCUACUUGGGCAACUUGGACUACAUGAUUUCACCCCAGGAAAUCGAAGACUUUUGCAGCACUGCAGGUCCUAUUGAUAAGGUUUCCAUAAUUGUUGACAACUCUGGCAUCGCCACUGGCUAUGCAUUCGUGGCAUUUAAGGACAAGUCUAGCGUGGAAAAAGCAGUCACCGAACUUAAUCAGAAGACAUUGAAGCACAGGCGCACCAAGGUAAGCAUCAGGCAUACGAAGAGUGAAAACCCUGAAAAUCGAGGACCUAGAAAUACAUCUGGAGGCCGUGGAAGAGGGUCUAGGGUCGAGGAAGAGGCUCUCGUGGCCGUGGCCGUGGCCGUGGAAGAGGAAGGGGUGGUCGUGGUCGGCACAAUGGAGAAACCCAAAAAUUGA